ACAGCCGUCUGGCCUCUGGCCAGUGGCCAGUCACUUGUAAAUUACUACAGCUGAUUCAAGUUUGAGGUUAGGUUUAGGUGAUCACCAGCGCUAGUGCGCAGCUGUUCAGAAGGACUUUGUCCGCUGCCAAUAGCAGACAUACGAAUGAGCUGAAGAACUUGUGAGAUUUUACUGCUGUGGUAUCGAGAAUGUUCCCGUUGAAGAUUCUGCUCCUGUCUAUGAUUGCGACACACUUGGUGGAUGCUCAGAUCACACCGUUCCAAGCCAUCUUACAGUUUUACAAACAGCAAGGUCUUCAGUUUAAGGAGGACAGAUUCGUCAACAAUGGCCCUAUUCUGGAGGAAUAUGAUUUCAUCGUAGUCGGGUCCAGUCCCUCAGGCUGCGUAGUUACCAACCGCCUCACAGACAACCCCAGGUGGAAGGUUCUUCUGCUUGAAGCUGGUAUAGACGGAAGCAUUUACACUGACGUGCCGACUUUAUCAACUUACUUUUUGCAGACAGAGUACAACUGGAACUUCAAGACUGAAAAGUCUCCGUACGCCUGUCUGGGACUAAAGAACAAAAUGUGCCCGUGGCCUGCAGGUAAAGCGAUAGGAGGAGGUACUAUCAUCAAUGCAUUAAUAUACACCAGAGGAAUGAAGAGAGAUUUUGAAAGGUGGGCAGCACUGGGAAACGAUGGCUGGGGUUAUGAUGAUGUACUUCCAUACUUCUUAAAAUCCGAGGACAUUCGGAUACCGUGGCUGAAAAAUUCUCCCUACCACGCCAAUCAGGGCAACCUCACAGUCGAUUAUGCUCCUUUCGCAACUGGGGCAUUACAAAACUUUCUGGAGGCCGGAAGAGAACUUGGAUAUCCGUUCAAUGACUAUAACGGAGCAGAUCCUAUAGGAUUUUCUAAAAUUCAAUUCACCAUCCGAAAUGGUAGACGCGUUAGUGGAGCCAAAGCAUUUCUGACGCCAAUUAAGAACCGACCCAACUUCCAUAUAAGUCAGAACUCCAGAGUUACUAGAAUCCUCAUAGACCCUGUAACCAAGCGUGCUUACGGAGUAGAAUUCAGGAAAAACAAUCGAUUAAGAAAAGUGCUAGCUAGAAAGGAAGUUAUAUUGGCUGCUGGAACAUUCAUGUCACCCUUUCUUUUGAUGCAUUCCGGUGUAGGUCCUCAAGAGCACCUUUCCGAGUUAGGGAUUCCAGUAAUUCAAAAUCUUCGUGUCGGAGACAAUCUUCAAGAACAUCUUACUAUGGCGGGAUUGUCGUUUCUCACGAACGCUUCUUCCUUAAGUGUCGAUGUACCGGGAGAUCUCAUACCUAGACUACCCAUAUUUUUCACCGAAUGGUUCACCAGAGGCACAGGAGUUCUAACUGAUGUAGGCUGUGAGGGCCUUGCGUACGUUAAGACACCUUUGGCCGAUGCAGAAGAUUACCCCGAUGUCGAGUUGCUCUUCUUGGGUAUCUCCGGGUUUGCAGCUGAUAGAGGCUACAACCUUCGAACUGGCAUGGGGGUGUCUGAUGAGAUAUACACCAAAGUGUACCGUCCAAUCGAAGGGAAGCCUGGGUGGUCCAUGUGGCCCAUGCCUUCGCUCCUCAGGAGUCGUGGAUUCGUCAGGCUGUACAACAGAAACCCUUUGGACCAACCUAAGAUUAUCCAUAAUUUCUUCACCGAUCCUUAUGACAUAGAUGUGAUGGUAGAGGCCAUCAAGUGGAUAAUCAGGAUCAGCCGAACUCAGACGUUCCAGAAGAUCGGAACCAGACUUCACGACAUUCCCAUCCCUGGGUGUGAGAGUUUCCCGUUCGCAACAGACCCUUACUGGGCUUGCAUGGCCAGGCACUUGACCAAUCAGUUGCAUCACGCUUCUGGAACAUGCAAGAUGGGACCUGAUUCGGAUCCGACGGCUGUAGUCGAUACUAGACUCAAGGUGAGGGGUAUUGACGGAUUGCGAGUUGUGGACUGUUCGAUCAUUCCCGUCAUCACCACAGGACACACUCAAGCACCUGCUUACAUGAUCGGCGAGAAAGCAUCUGACAUGAUUAAGGAGGAUUGGGGAUUCCGUGGAUAAAGAUGAAUCUAUUAUUGACAUAAUCAUAAUAUAUUGGCGGGAGUAAACUGCAUAGUUCAUUGGUGCACUCAAGAGGCCGUGGUGUGGGAGAAAUAAAAUAAUAAAACCAUCAUGCUGUCACGUGGGUUUUGUGCCACUUUUGGCGACAGUCACCGGUACUCCUAGGCUUCGGUCAAGUUUAUCAACAGUAAAUAUCAUUGAAAAUAAUAUAAACAAUGUUUUCCAACUUUGGUGAAGAAGACAAAAUUACGAAUAAGUUUUUAUUGUCAUGAAAUAGUUUAAAAAAAAUUAACCAACCAAUUUUGAAAAAUUCUGCCACGCUGGAACUUUUCAAUCACACGUGAUUUAACUUUUACUACACAAUUACCAAUCAACGAGUACAAAAUAUAUAAAUAUUCAAUUAGAGAAUUUUAGAACAAAUCUAACGGAAGAGUGUUCAAUAAAGAACACGACAAAGUCGUAUGCACCAGACCUAGUGUUGCAUGUUUCAUCUGAAAUCGUACAGAUUUCAAUAAAAAGUUUAAUAAAAUAUUUUUUGUAGUUUUUUUGCUAUAUAAAGUAACUAUAAACCAGUCUAACAAGUUCGAUAUGCAAAAUACAGCUGGAUGAUUAUUUUAGUCACGCUAUAAUGGCAUGUUUUAACCACGUGUUGACCAAGAAUUAAUAGAAGAAAAUCCUUUACUAUUGCACUCAGUAAUGAUUAAUGUAAAAAAACUGUCGGUUUAUUUAAAUUAUUAUUACUCGAUAGACAUUUAAACACUAGAACACUAGAAAUAGUGAAGUAAACAUUUAAAUGCAAUUCAACGAUUGCUUAUUGAUUAAUAAAAACAAUUAAGUAGUAAACUGAAAUUUUAUGUGUGAUGUAUGUAUUAUUCAUCAAUGAACUGUAUUUAGAUAUGCAAUAAAUUAGAAGUAAAAUUAGCACACAUUUAAGAAUAUGACCAGAAUCUCAGUUAAGUGCUGUUGUGUACUAUUGUAUGUACUGUUGAUAUAUUUACAACUAAAAUACAUGAUUAUUUCAGGUAA